CAGAGCAGGAUACGGAGAAACUUGUUUAGGGCGACUCCUUCUUACUUCCUACCUCCAUGGGAGACAGUAUCUGUUCCUGAGUCACGUGACAAUUAUCUCGACCUUACAUCCAACCCACUGUCCUUCUGCACCCAUCGACCAAAGCUGUAUAUAUAAUAAAGCGUCGUCAGCUCAAUGGACGAACCUGCACUUUGUCGCGAUCGCAGCGCUCCUGGUGGUUGCGCUGUGGAAACACAAUUAAUUGAACUGCGCAUGCUCCCCAUUUACAGUUGUUUUUGAACGUAAUGCUCAUGCUGGUUUCAAGAGCUCCUGCAUUGAUUUGACUCACGUACAUUUUUCUUUGCAGUUUCUAUCAAACGGAUCUUUUCAGACCCAAUUUCAUUAUUAUUUUCAUUUUUCUGACAUAAUGGCUUAUCGCUACUGCAGAUUUAAAGGCUGUAAUAGAAAGAUUGAAUCAAAAAGUGAUGGAAUACAUUUCUACAGAUUUCCCAAGGAAGAACAAAGAUGUCAAGCUUGGGUCAAGGCUUCGCAGAAUGAAAAGCUUGUGGGUGUUCCUGCCUCUGACCUACACAAAAGAGCCUAUCUAUGUAUGGUACAUUUUGAAGACUGGUGCUUCGUUAAUAUCACUACUAAACAUCGUUUAGUACACAAUGCAGUACCAUGUUCUACAAAACUCCAGGUGACAAAGGGUUUGGUUCCAGAUAAAGUGCCUGAGUUAAGUCACAUGACAGUGCCAAAUUCUGUGACAAAUGGUUCAGUUCGAGAUAAAAUGCCCGAGAUAAAUCAUAUCACAGUGCCAAGUUCUGAACAUCAUCAGUCAGAUUUUCAACAGGAAUUAAUAUCCAAUGUUCAAGGACCCAAUAAUCUUUAUCAAAAUGUCUGCUCCACUGAACUUUCAACUUGUAACGCAUCUUUAAUGUCUCUCAUUCCACAGCAGUCAUUUUCAGCACCAGUGAGCUGUAGCACACCAAAGUCACAUUAUUCUGGGAAAAAAAUACACACCCAGAAAAUCACAAUUGUCAAAAAAAAAGUUAAAAAAUAUCGUGACAUGGCAAGACGGCUGAAAUUAAAAUUUGUGUCGUCUAAGAAGAAAUUUUCUACAGCUCAUUCUCUUGAAAAAACCCUUUCCAGUCAAGGAGUUAGUAAAAAAUUAUCUUCUUUUAUUCAACGCCAGGUAACAUUGAAUACCCAGAAAACAAAAAGAAGACGUUUUACGCAUUCAGAUAAAAUCGAUGCCUACCGCAUCUACAGCAAAAGUCGGGCAGCUUAUCGUGUUUUGAAAGAGUUCCUUGAACUUCCAGCUGAACGAACUCUUCAACGUUUUGUCUCAUCAAAAUUGUCAUGUACAGGAAUCAGUGCAGAUAUCAUAUCAGCACUAAAACAAGUUUUACAAAAUAAGGAAAAUCACGAAAGAAUGUUUGCAUUGAUCUUUGAUGAUGAGAUGUCAUUGAAACCCUGUCUAGUAGGUGGUUUUCCCAGUGAUUCAAUUGCAAAUCAUGUACUAGUAUUAAUGCUGAGAAGUUUAACCAGCAAGAAGAAACUUCCACUUGGAUUUUACUUCUCCAACCAUGCAAUAAAUGCAGAAAGACUGAGAGAAAUACUCACAGAAGCUUUAACAAAAUUAUCGGAUGCUAAUGCCGUAGUUAAAGCUCUGGUUUGUGACCAGGGGGGAAAUAAUAGUAGGUUGUUUAGAAUUUUAGGAGUGGAUUCUCUUAAACCAUUCUUUGAUUUUAAUGGACAGACUAUUUAUUGUUUGUUUGAUCCACCACAUCUUUUGAAAAAUUUGAGGAGGAAUCUUAUGAAGUAUGACCUGCAGACAAGUAAAGGAUUCGUAUCUUUCAAAUACAUUCGAGACUUCCAUGAAGUAGAUAAAACACUGCUUAUCCGCUGUGCACCGAAAAUGACUGAUGCACACUUAAAUACAAUGGGAUUAAACUCCAUGAAAGUUGCUCUUGCUGCACAAGUGUUCAGCCACACAGUAGCAGCAGGAAUGAACCUGUGUAUUUUGUCUGGACUGAUAGAAGCAAGUGCUGCUCCAACAGUAGAGUUCAUUCUAAAGAUUGACAAUUUGUUUGACUCCAUGAAUGGAACUCGAAAGAAUCCUUUAAGAGGAAAACAGCUCCAUUGUGCAGUGAAAGAAGGUUCUGCACAUAUUAAUUUUUGGAAAGAGAUGAUAGCAUAUGUUGAAUCAUGGGUUUUU